GCCAUGUCAAGGAACAGCCGCGCCGGUAGCACAGCGCGGCCGUCGGCGGCUGGUGGAUCUGCGUCGGCCCGGCGGGCGUGGUUUGAUGCUUCUACAAUGACGCUCGUAAACGUGGCACAGGAGCGAGCGAAAAAGGCGAAAGGAGGCAAAGGUGGCGACGACCGCAAGGAAGCGAGGCAGCGGUCGUCCGCACUAUCGACGAGUUCCGACACCGUCGGUGUGUCGUUCGCUGGGGCUGCGUUCCAAGCCGACUACUUUGCAUCUAAAUUUACCAAGCGUGGACAGCUUGUGUACACCAUUCUUCACGACGUCUUGUCCAAGAACCAAGUGGUGCUGCCACAGGCAGACACAAUAUCGGUCGCAUCGUUUGGGGGCGGUCCUGGCACCGACGCGGCUGGAAUUGUGUGGAUUCAGCGUGACUUCUUCCCUUUGUCGUCGGUGCAUUGCAUCUUGUACGACUACGAAACCUCAUGGAAGCGGUAUGCGAAGACGUUGGAUGACUUGUACGGCAAUGCAGUGUCGGUCUCGUUCGCGCCGUGCGAUGUGACGCACCCACUCGGGACCGACCCAAACCGUCGCGUCACGGACAUCGAGUCAAUGGACGUCCUUUUAUUCUGCUUUGUGUGCCAUGAAACGUCAGCACGACAGCGCAACCUGCAGUUCUACUUGGACAUCGCGGCAGGCGCCCAGGCUGGGGCGCUGGUCGUGCUAGCAGACGUCAAGACCAAGUCGAAGGAAUGCUUGGAGCAAGUGACGCACGCCAUGAGCAGUGUUCGCCGAAUCCAGCGCUUGCCGUUGUCCAAGCCCCCCACAGCUGAAGCAAUCGUUUUUCGCUUUGAAUCGUAAUCGUUGAGCCUAUCUCCGAUGGCAACGAUAGCUGUAUUUUCCGGAUAAGCGAAAAUACCGGAACGAAAUUCAAAAUCGUUUACCAACUGAC